AUGGAGGAGGGGCAUCAUGAUCUUUCAAAGGAUACAGUGGUUGGGGAUCCUCAGUUACUCCAAAAGAAAAUUGAUGCAGUUCGUUUGGGUGGUCCUGCUAAACUCCAGGUGAUAGCUGAUUUUGAUGGAACAUUAACCAAGUACUUUGUGAAUGGUUGUCGAGGGCAAAGCAGUCAUGGAAUUUUGAGGCAGGGGAAUGCUGAGUAUGAUGAUAAGAGGCAGGCAUUGUAUGAACACUACCAUCCAUUAGAAUUCUCCCCAACAAUUCCAGUUGAAGAGAAAACUAAGCUCAUGGAAGAGUGGUGGGGGAAAACCCAUAAUCUUCUGAUUGAAGGAGGCCUUACAUAUGAUGCGAUUAGGGAGUCUGUUGCUGGUUCUGCAAUUGCUUUCAGGGAUGGUGUGGUUGAAUUUUUUGAGUUUUUGGAGGAAAGAGACAUUCCGGUUCUCAUAUUCUCUGCUGGACUUGCAGAUAUUAUAGAGGAGGUUAGUUUACAAGAUAUGCUUUCUGGUGAUUCUGUCCUGAGACAGAAAGUCCAUAGAUCAUUUAAGAAUGUUAAGAUUGUCUCAAACCGAAUGGUAUUUGAUAAUGAUGGUCGCCUUAUUUCUUUCAAAGGGAAGUUGAUCCAUAGUCUAAAUAAAAAUGAGCAUGCUCUUGAAAUGGCUGCUCCUGUUCACGAACAUUUUGGUGAUGCUGAUGGUCCGAUCAAUGACAAUGCCUCUGUAAAGAAGAGAACCAAUGUGCUGCUUCUUGGUGAUCACCUAGGAGACUUGGGAAUGUCUGAUGGUUUGGACUAUGAGACUCGAAUUUCUGCGGGUUUCCUGAACGACAACAUUGAGAACAACCUCAGUAGCUACCGCAAAGCCUUUGAUGUGGUUUAUCUGAAUGAUGCACCCAUGUGGGGAGUAGUCAAGCUUGUUUCUCAGAUGUGCUCAACAGUCAACUGA